CUAUCUUCGUCAAAACCACACUACGACUUAAUUCAGUUUACGACAAACGACAGACAGAAAGAAACUUGUGAGGAUGAUGAUGAUGCAGCGUUUUGUGGGUGGCUUUGUGGUGGCUGUGGCUGUGGCUGUGCUUGUUGUCGCUGGCAGCGGCAGCGUCGCAGUUGCGGUUGAAGGCGAAAAUGCCAGCGCGAUCCGACCCACCGUGUUGUGGCACGGCAUGGGUGACACGUGCUGCCUUCCAUUUUCCAUGGGCGCCGUGAAGAAGGAGAUUGAGAAGCACCUCCCAGACAUCUACGUGUACAGCAUCAUGCUUGGCAAGAACGAGAUUGAGGAUGAGUUUGAAGGCUUCUUCGGCAACGUCAACACGCAGGUGGACAACAUCUGCACCAAGCUGAAGAGCGAUCCAAACCUCAAGAAUGGCUUCAACGCCGUCGGCUUCUCACAGGGCGGGCAGUUUCUGCGGGCAUACGUGCAGCGCUGCAACGAUCCUCCCGUGCACAACCUCGUCACCCUGGGCGGACAGCACAUGGGUGUGACGGACAUCCCCCAUUGCACCGCCACCAACGCCACUCUGUGCCAGCUCAUGGCCGAGGCCCUCAGCGUCGGCGCAUACGUUGACGGCAUUCGCAACUACAGCGUGCAGGCGCAAUAUUUCCGCUCCGCCUUUGAGUACAAGAAGUACCUUGAGAAGAAUAUCUUCCUCGCGGACCUGAACAACGAGCGGGCCACGAAGAACGCCACAUACAAGCAAAACCUCGCCUCCCUCAACCGCUUCGUCCUUAUCGAGUUCUCUGAGGAUACGAUGGUGGUGCCACGGGAGAGUUCGCAGUUUGGGUACUUCAAGGAGGGCGCGAUGAAGGAGAUUGUGCCCAUGCGCCAGCAGCCCAUCUACACCGAGGACUGGAUUGGUCUGCAGCAGCUCGACAAGGACAACCGCAUCGUCGAGAAGAAAUGCCCUGGUGACCAUCUGCAGUUUACGAUGAAGUACUUCCUCGACAACGUCAUCAGCCCCUUCCUCAACAACACCGUCACCACUACCACCACCACCACCAUCUAAACACAGGCUGUGCACGUGUCCUCCACGCGCACCCCCUUUCUCAUUUCAUCACUUCCCUGUAUUCUUUCUUCGCUUCUUUCCUUGCUCUUGUCUUCAUCCUUCAUCCUUCAACCAACCUUCAACCUACCCCCUCCAACCUAUCUUGUUUCAACCUUUCUUGCUUCGCCUCUUCCACCCGCGCUUGCUUUGCAUCCAUCACCAGCGAAGUUGUGCAACCCCCUGGGCACUUGCUGCAUUGCUGUGUGUGUGUAUUGCUCUGUGUGUAUUUCUCGCGCGUGCCGUGUUGCUUACGCGCCACCCCGCCAACCAAAUUGAACACACUGCCCACCACACAAGCACAAGCAAAGAUAAUGUACAACAUGUUUACGAAC